AUGGGCUGUGCAGUCAGUGCCUGCCUGACUGGCGUUGGCACCGCCCCCCACGUGCCUGGCGCCUGCCUGGGCAGAGCUGCGGGCACGUCCGACAAGCAUGAGCCGCCCCGUUGCGCUGCGCUGCGUUGCGUUGCAGAGUCCCUGGCGGUGAUGUCGGUGGACCUUGGCAGCGAGUCGAUGAAGAUCGCGAUUGUGAAGCCCGGGGUGCCCAUGGAGAUCGUCCUGAACAAAGAAUCACGGAGGAAAACACCAGUGACCGUGGCUCUGAAAGAAAAUGAGCGUCUCUUUGGUGAUAGCGCGCUGGGAAUGUCCAUAAAGCACCCCAAGGUAGCAUUCAGGUAUUUCCAGGACCUGCUGGGCAAGCACAUGGAUAACCCCCAGGUGACGCUGUACCGUUCGCGGUUCCCAGAACACGAGCUGGUGAAGGAUGAGAGGAGACAGACUGCUAUCUUCAAGCUGUCGGAAGAGAUGCAGUAUUCUCCAGAAGAAAUAUUGGGCAUGAUCCUGAACUAUUCACGUAGUCUGGCUGAGGAAUUUGCAGAACAGCCCAUCAAGGAUGCCGUGAUCACUGUCCCAGCCUACUUCAAUCAGGCAGAGAGAAGGGCAGUCCUCCAUGCCGCUCAGAUGGCAGACUUGAAGGUCUUGCAGCUGAUCAAUGAUAACACUGCUGUGGCGCUGAACUACGGGGUGUUCAGGAGGAAGGAAAUCAAUGCCACAGCACAGAAUAUAAUGUUUUAUGACAUGGGAGCUGGAAGCACUGUGUGCACCAUAGUGACGUAUCAGACAGUGAAGACCAAGGACUCGGGGACUCACCCUCAACUGCAGAUCCGAGGUGUUGGAUUUGACCGCACGCUGGGGGGGCUGGAGAUGGAGCUUCGGCUCCGGGAUUACCUGGUGAAGCUCUUCAAACAGCAGCAACCUUCAAAAGAUGUGCGGCAGAACCUGCGGGCCAUGGGCAAGCUGUUGAAGGAGGCUAACCGCCUGAAGACUAUCCUGAGUGCCAAUGCUGACCACAUGGCCCAGGUCGAGGGGCUCCUGGAUGAUGUUGACUUCAAGGCCAAGGUUUCCAGGCAGGAGUUUGAAGACUUGUGCUCUGAUUUGUUCCAGCGGGUCCCUGGGCCCGUGCUGCAGGCACUGAGCAGUGCAGAGAUGAAUCUGGACGAAGUUGAUCAGGUGAUUCUGGUGGGAGGUGCCACCCGUGUCCCCAAAGUGCAAGAGAUUUUACUGAAAGCUGUGGGCAAGGAAGAGCUGGGGAAGAACAUCAAUGCUGAUGAGGCAGCUGCGAUGGGUGCAGUCUACCAGGCAGCAGCUCUGAGCAAGGCCUUCAAGGUCAAGCCCUUCCUAGUACGGGAUGCAGCUACUUUCCCCAUCCAGGUGGAGUUCACCCGGGAGGUUGAGGAGGAGGACAAGUCCAAGAGCUUGAAGCACAACAAGCGGAUCCUGUUCCAGCGCAUGGCCUCGUACCCACAGCGUAAGGUUAUCACAUUCAACCGCUACACGGAUGACUUCGAGUUCUACGUUAACUAUGGGGACCUGUCUUUCCUGAGCCAGGAUGACCUACGUAUCUUUGGGUCCCUGAAUCUCACCACUGUGCGGCUGAGAGGAGUCGGGGACAGUUUCAGGAAGCACUCGGACUACGAGUCCAAAGGCAUCAAAGCUCACUUCAACAUGGAUGAGAGCGGAGUGCUCAGCCUUGACCGGGUGGAGUCUGUGUUUGAGGCUGUGGUUGAGGACAAGCCAGAGGAGGAGUCAACCUUAACAAAGCUUGGAAACACAAUCUCCAGCCUGUUUGGAGGAGGAGGCCCGACUUUGGAAACGGGAGAGAACCUGACGGAGACUGUUCAGGAGGAUGAGGAGAACCAGGUGGAAACAGCCAAGGAGGAGAAACAGGGCCAAGAGAAUGGAGCAGAGGCUGCCAGCAAGGAGCAAGGGGAAGAAAAGCAGCAACCGCCAGAGUCAUCAACACAAGAUAAAACCGGGGCUGCCGCUACAGAGGCCGAUGCGCAGGAGAAGGGUGAAGGGGAGAAGCCCAAGGAUCAGGAUCCCAAAGAAAAGGAAGAGUCCAAGAAAGAGGAGGAAUUGCCCAAAAGUCCUAGUGAUGGUGCAGCCACUAAAUUAGAGGAGGAAAAGAAACCCAAAGCUCCCAAGAAGCAGAAGCUGGUGGAUGAGAUAACCAUAGAACUUGAUGUCAAUGAUGUGCUUGACCUUCUGGAGGAUGAGCUGAAGAGCUCAGCAAAGAAACUCCAGGACCUGACAACCAGAGACUUGGAGAAGCACGAGAGGGAGAAGUCAGCCAAUAGCUUGGAGUCCUUCGUCUUUGAGACCCAGGACAAGCUUUUCCAAGAGGAAUAUCAGUUUGUGUCAACAGAGGAGCAGAGAGAAGAAAUCUCCAGAAAGCUAAGUGAAGCCUCCAACUGGAUGGAGGAGGAAGGGUAUGCAGCUACAACCAAGGAACUGAAGGAGAAGCUUAUAGAGCUGAAGAAACUUUGUAAGGGCCUUUUCUUCCGUGUGGAGGAAAGGAAGAAGUGGCCUGACCGCCUGGCUGCCCUGGAGAGCCUGCUCAACCACUCCAGCAUCUUUCUCAAGGGAGCCCGAAUGAUUCCUGAGCCUGAUCAGAUAUUCACAGAAGUGGAGCUGAGUACCCUAGAGAAGGCUAUUAAUGAAACAACGAUCUGGAAAAAUGAGACCCUGGCAGAACAGAAUAAACUUCCUCCCACCGAGCGGCCAGUCCUGCUGUCCAAGGACAUAGAGCUGAAGAUUGGUGCCUUGGACAGAGAAGUGCAGUACCUUCUGAAUAAGGCAAAGUUUGCAAAACCCAGACCCAGGAAGGAAAAGAAUGCCACUAAAACUGACUCAGGCAAGAAUUCCACGUCUCCCCCUGAGAGUGAGGGGAUCAUCCCUCCCAAGGAGGAGAAACGGGAAGGUAAACCAGAGGAUGCUAGUCCGGUCAAAGAACCUCCUACAUCUGAGAGAGAAGCAGCAGGUGACGAGUUGGGACCAGAUACAGAACCUGGGAAAACACAGAAGCAAGAAGCUGGAGGAGAGAGCAAGACCAACGAUGAGUUAUAACACCCCCUGAAAUUCCAUCUAACAUCAGCAUCUAUUUAUUUAACAGUUACUUUGUGUUUUUUUUAUAAUGGACCUGGUUAGCUUCAGUGUAAAUGGAACGUGAUGAACAGGAUGACAGCAAAAUGCAAUAGAGAUGUACAUUUUCUUUUUUCCCCCCUGGGGAUCUUGUCAUUACUAAUUUUAGAGAGUUGGGUUUUGUCUUUCUGUUCUGUUUCAUGUGUUUAAAAGAUGACUGUUCUCUCUCACAAACUCACAUUGCGUUUCAGUACUGUCCCAAUAGUGUCACCACAAGUGGCUUUUCUCAUAGAUGAAAAUCAGUACAAAACAUGUUUUUUAAGCUUUAAGGAAACAUCUUGGAACCUCCACUCUUUGCCACAGCUCAUCUGGAAGAUGCAGGUGUUAAAGUACCCAGGAACUCAUGUGGCUGAAUGUCUGUUUGCAGAUGAGGUACUGAUUUAAAACAAACACCAUGCUUUUGGCCAGUGAGAAGCAGGUUCUCCUUGUGAACCAUGGGAAAAUGAACUGGGAUUGGGGAAAUGAUGCUCCGUGCCUCAAGAUAAGAAUAUCCUUCGUGAUUUUCUUCCUUAGAUCCAUGCUGCUAAUGUCCCUUCUACCCUUCCUUCUGUUCGUGAUGGCAUCUCGCAACAGGAAGAUGCUGAGAAUUCAGUUUCAGACUUAAAUAUAAAAACCCCAGAAAUUUCUCAUUUUGAAUGCUAAAAAGAGCAAAGGCAAGAAUUUGUUGGUGCAUCUCACUAGCCAGGCCACUAAACAGGAACGGACUCUUGGAGGCACAAGGUGAGAGAGAAAACUGGCAAUCUUUUUUCAGUAACCUCUUCUUCCACGCCCCCCUUACCCAGUGUCUUGUGAACUCAGACUGUUGUGAAACCUCUCGUCUUCAGCUGUGGUCUGUAACUUCUUGGAAACAUUUGUGCUGCUACAACACAACAGUGAAAUCCUGAUCAACUUGCGCAAACACCUGUGAAUGUGUGCAUCUGACAUUUGUUCUCCACUGGCCUAUUCAACCAAAAUAAAAAAAAGUACUUCUCCUGAUACCCUCUUUAAAAUGCUUUUGUCUGUUUCCAGGGGAUAAAAGCCUAGAAAAUUUCUCAAACUUUCUCAGCCUCUUCUUAUGUGCCAGUUCAGAGCUUGGGUCCUGUUCCUUGUCGGCUCCAGGCUGCAGGACAUGGGGGAUCCCAAUGGUAUUGGCAACCGUGCUGGGUCCCUUCCCCAGUGCUGAUACCAGCACCAGCAGUAGCUGACUGCAGAUCCAGCCUUGCCGCCUCUUGCACGGAGGAAGUGCUCAGGAGCCGGGAAGCAGGCGUGUCUUGUCAAGGCUUCGUGUCGUUCUGGCGUGGAGAGCCGAUGAUGCUGGCUCUUUAUCAGUCUGAGCUUACAGACCGGUAACUUGACCUUCGGGCCCUGCCUUCCCCAUGAGAUCCCUGCAGGUUGGGAACUCCUCUCUUGUGGGUCAUCCCGUCUGCAUGGUGGAAUCUGUACCACGCGGCCUUGUCCUCAUCUCUUGCGUGCAAAGCUGCGCUUCUCCAGAGUCACCCAAGUUCCUGUCAAAGGCGAGGACAAGCUCUCUUUUCUACAAAACCCACUUUUUUUCUCCUGUCUCCCAGCCUUGCUUCUCCUUCGGGUGUGCCUUUGCGGUCUCCCUGCCACCCCGUCUCGCGGGGGCAGGCCGCGUCUACCUUGGUGCACCAGAGCCGGGCCAGCCCAAGGCCUGGUGCAGAGCUUCGGCUGUGCUGGGGCAGCCGGUCUUGGCUACUAGGAACAACCUGCUUCUCUUCCUCCUGGAGACGGACCCUGCGGAGGACAGUCGGACGGCCUGGGCCCCUCCACGCCCGGCACUGGAUGCAGAAAGCUGCUGCUCUGCCCCUUCGCAUGCAGCGGGCGCAAGGGCAGGAUCUCUUCUGGCCGCCGAGGAGGCGCUGGGGCUGCUCCCGCCGGAGGGGCUGGCUCCGCACGUGCGCUGCCCCGAAAAGCGUCCUCUGCCCUCGCCUUGUGCGCCUGGAGCCGGCCCUGCGCUGGGCGGC